AUGCCCAAUUCACCCCUUCAAGAGACUUUGCGGCGAUGUGUCCAUCUUGGAAGCGAUGUCACACUAAGUACAGAGGGAGAUGAGCUUCGCGAUACCGAGCAGCUCCUUCGAAUAAAGAGAUUGGAGCAUUCAGGAACUCAGACGCCACGUGAGAUUUCACGAUUCAACUUGGAACCGUAUGGUGUAUCUGAAAAAUAUGACCUAGGCACCAACGAAGAAUCCAAAAGCGAAAUAGAAUCGGAGCUACGUCACGUCAAGGAACAGCUGAAAGGCGCGGAAAUUUAUAUUGCUUACCUUCUGGAACGGGUAGCGACAUACAGGCAUAGAUGGCUGGAAGAUUACCACCGCGCUGAGAACCUCGAGCGCUGUAUGCCUGAUUUCGUCUAUGUGCCCCACCUAGAUCAGAUUCCACCGAAUGCCCCUUCUCCUACCUUUGGUCCAGAGUUAUUUAGCUGGGAAGAUGAAGGCUCGGAACCGAAAGCGUAG